GGACAAUCCUCUGGGUUCUUUCCGGGAGCUGGAAUGCUCAAGGUAGCAUUCACAUACACAGAUUUGAUACACACGACUGUCCAUUUGUAUGUGGCUGGUGAUGUUCAGAUGUUGCCGUGUCUGAGGUCUGAUGUGAAGCAUGGUGGAUAAAGUCCCGCUGAUCAGGGUGUCUGGGAGCUCGUGGAGGGACCUAGGGCGGCAACACGGGGCGGCUCUUAAGGACCGGAUCCACGCAAGCGCCUCGUUCUAUUUGGGCUUUUUCCAGGACAAGUGGCACUUCACUGAGGACGAAAUCGAGGAGCAGUGCCGCGGCUACGCAGAGGCCAUCCGGUCAUUCAACGGCGAUUACACAGAGGAGAUCGAGGGAAUCGCAGAGGCGGCCCAGCUGCCCGCAUGGAAGGUCAAUCAGAGCGCACAUACGACUCACGGGGAUGACCUCUACACGCUAAGUUUUGCUUCUGUUGGAUGCCUGCAGGUGUAUGCCCUGAAUUGCAGGACAGAGCUCCUCAACUGGAAGAAGAGCGUCACCGAAGCGGCAGCACCACAAGCACGUCCUGAGGAUCCAGUCGACGUCGACAGCUCCUCGUCUGUUGUGGGGGGAGAGUGCACUGCUCUGUGCAAUGCUAGUGCGGGGCUGCUGGCACAGAACUGGUAUGUGCCCGUCUAGCAUACGCAUACAAACGCCGCUGCAUACGUACGCGUGCACGUGGGCUGUGGUGCACAGGGAUUGGGACGUACGCUUGGAGGAUCUGGUGGUGGUCCUGCUGAUGGACAAACCUGACGGCUCACAAAUCAUGAUGCUCACCGAGCCCGGCGUGAUUGGAAAGGUGCGUCUGCACACGAACAGGCGAACGGCACAUGGGAAAGACGGCAAGAUGACCGCGUGUGUCUGACUUGUCAUGCGUGUGGUUCAGAUAGGCAUGAACAGCGCUGGCGUUGGCGUCACACUACAGCUGCUGCAUUGCCCCUGUCCGCGAGCGCCCCCCGGCACCACCGUGGCUGCUCGUCAGCCGACAGAGGACAGCCACGGCAUUCCUAUUCACAUUCUGCUGAGGACAGUGCUGGACUCGCACUCGGCCACUGAGGCCUUCACCAAGCUCAGGGGUCUGCCGCAGGGCAAGAGAAACACAGCCAGCUGCAUUAUCAUGGCCGACAAAGGAGGCAACUGCCACACGCUCGAGUUCGCCAGAGGAGGUGAGUCAUGCCAUCACCAGCACACUGCGAAGCCAUUCACAGUGUCCCAAUGACAUUUCCUGUGUGUCAGCGAUGGACGACAUCAAGUGUCUUCCCGCAACGGACAAGCGCGCCUGCCGCCCCUUCCCCCACUGCACCCCCAUCCACACAAACCACUACCUGGGCUGCGGGCUGGAGUGCCAAACGACGGGGAGCGAGACAUCGUAUGCGAGGUUCGACACGAUGGAGAGGCUUCUGCAGGAGCUGAGCGGCCCGCCGAUGCUUGAGGACAUCAAGCGGGUGCUGGCGGACCGGUCAAAUGCAGAGUUGCCCAUCCAAAGGCCGUACAAACAUGACAAGUAAGUAUUUCAGCACCGAUGGCGCAUUUGGGUGGUUUAUGGAUAUAGACCUGCUGUGUGUCUUGGUCGGUUGCCGUGUGUGCAGGAAAUACGGCCUGAUGGGAGGCACAGUGGCCACAGUCAUCCUGGAGCUGCAGAAAGGCGUCUUCCAUGUCACGCGAGGUAGGUCUGUGUGUCGAGGAAAGAGGCUCUUGGCCACGUCUCACUUUUCGUGCAUCUGCAUUGUGUGUGUGGAUGUGGGUGCAGGGAAUCCCUAUGAGCAUCCGCUCGAGGCAAUUUCGGCGCCGUGGGCGGCAUGAGAAUACAUUAAUUGUGGAUACGCAUAUUUUUGUAGUACCAGUGGGAUGCGUGUGAAGCCAUGUGUGUGGGACCGGUGAUU